AUGCUCGUGUCGUGUACCUACUACCGGUGGGCACACCGGCUGCGGCAAGCCAGAGCGGCAAACCUUUAAAAAAAAAAAUAAUAAUAAUAAUACAAAAAAGCACGCGUUCGUCAUGUUUCCUUCGGAACAGUGUUUGCCAAGAGACUAAAUCGAAUACUUAUUGAAAUUGUAGCCGAGAUGUUGACAGACGUGAGCGUGGACGAGGAGUUUGAGCUGAAGGAGGAAGAGCCCUGGUACGACAAGCAGGACCUUGAACAUGACCUCCAGCUGGCUGCUGAGCUGGGCAAGUCACUGCUGGAGAGGAACCAGGAGCUGGAACAGGGCCUGCAGCAGAUGUACUCCACCAAUCAGGAGCAAGUGCAGGAGAUAGAGCACUUGGGCAAGCAGGUAGAUCUGCUGCGGCAGGUGAACGACCAGCAUGCCAAAGUGUACGAACAGCUAGACGGAGCGUCCCGUGAACUGGAGCAGAGCAACCAAAAGCUGACUCAGGAAAACCGUGCGGCGCAGCACAAGAUCCACGGUUUCUAUCGUCAACACAGGCUAAUGGAUACGGUGGAGGUUCUGCAGACACGUGUGGACGAACUGCAACUUCAGGUGGAUGACAUGAAGCUGGGACCCUCACCGCUUGCCCACGGCAGCCGCCGGAGGUCACGCGGGGCCCAGAGUCUGGAAGAACUGCAAAAGCUCAGGCAGUACGACAAUGAAUCAGAGGAAUGUCGACUGGUCGCUGAGUCGUGCGAUGAUGUGCAGCGCUGGCGCGAGGAGCAGCAGGCAUCGCUGCGGCGCUCCCUGCGCAGCCUCCAGGCUCAAUACGCUGGAGAACGUGCACGACGGGAGGAGGCCGAGCGGGAGGCGGGGCUACUGAGUAGGGAAAAGGCAACGCUCGAGCAGCGGCUGGCUAGCAUGGAGACAUGCAGGGUGCGAGUAUCUGAGUUGGAGCAAGAGGCCGAGGAGCUUCGCCAACUCUGGAAGUCAAAAUCCUUCUCCCGGCUGGACGUAGCGUACGCGCUUCCGGAGGAGGAGGGCUAUGAGCGGGACGCGGAGGCCGAGCCGGACGGGUGGUCCCCUCAGAGUCGGCGGCACCUCAAACGUUGGGCUAGCGAGCGUCUUCUAGAGGCCAAGCACGCCGCCGACCCAUCGGCCGAGCACGAGUGCUGGUGCGCUCGGCGAGCCGAGAAGGCGGACCGCGGCGGCAUCUCUCUGCUCAGUGAGGUGGAUGCGCAGUACAGCGCCUUGCAGGUGAAAUAUGAGCAGUUACGAAAGUACCUUGGAUUGCAUAAGCGUCAGGAAGAGGAGGAAGAAAGACUGAACCACAAGGCCAUCCAGACCGCAGACAACAACAACGGCGGCUUCCACCAGCCUGAAUACAAGAAACUCUUCCAGGAGAUUUUCACUCGCAUCCAAAAAACCAAAGACGACCUGAUGGAGAACAGGGCCAGGCCCCACUGCACUUAAUGAAAUAAACUGGAGCAGAUGACAAAGACAAAAAAAACAAAGACAACUACUUCAAUUAUUUUCAGCACUUUUUCAUUUAGUUAUGGCAGUCCCUAUUAGAGUGGACAACAGACUGUUAAUUCCAAUGAAAAGAGCUAUUUGUUACUUUUUGUAUUUAUCAGGCUGGGCAAUGAGGCCUUAAAAUGUAAUCAAUAUCGCUUUACAAGUCCUGUGAAAAUUAUUGCUCCUAUAAAAUCACCAUAAUCCUUAAUAAAUGAACAUCUUAAAUGUUCAAUUUAUCAUGCAAUACUCCAUCACAUCCACUUCGGCUUGAUCACUAGUUUCUCAUGUAAUUAUGCAGGUUGUACAGUAUAACCACUCUUCUGCAUUUUAUAAACGUCAAAUGCGCAAUAUUCAGGUAAAAUGAAUGUUAGUUUGCUUCUCUUAUUAUUAGCGAAAGUGAAAACGAUUCUCUUCUGUUCGUGGGGCUUAAAGUCCCGUUUUGAAAGUAGCUGCUCGCCAGUUCAGAAAAUUAAAUGUAGCAGCCAAACUGCAAAUUUGAAAGCUUUGGUAAACUAGCGUCUGCUUACGUUUUCUUAAUGGAACUGGAAACUUGAUCGCCCUGCCAUAAUUUUUUUUGUACAUGAUUUUCAGCACUAUUUCAUCUGCAUGGGUCUACGUGUAAAAAGUCGUGAAACUGUUAUAGGAAAAAAGGACUGGUACUUUAUGCUACAAAUAUCCCUGAAGUAAUACUUGAUUUCUGUAUGUCAGGUGACUGAAUUUUUUUUUUUCUUUUGUCACAUGCGUCCUUUAAUGUGGGGGAUGCUAACUUGUUCUGGCAGGAGUGAUGAGUUAUUAAAUGCUCAGUCUGAUUUUUGUUUUCAUUGCUUAGAAUGUGAUUAUGCAUAUUUAUUGGAUCUGUCAUAAUAAAAAAAA